AUAUGUAUUAUCUACUGGUACCUUUUCUUUGCAGAAUUUCUAUUCUCAAAAUCCACUCAUUUUAGAAUGGAUGGCCAUAACGCCGCAUCCAACGUGACAUUAACCAACCAUUCACAGCGUGGUUAUGUCUUCUCGUCCAUUCCUACCAACCAAUCAGAGCGCAGCUUCGUCUACAUGGGAGCUCCACCGUACAUCGCGCAUGCUCUUAGCUUGGCGAUGAUUCUGAUUGUCAUCACUUCCUUAUUGGGAAACAGCUUGGUUAUGUAUGCAACAAGACCGUUAAAAACGCCUAACAAUAGAGCGUUUACGCGAAACACGACGAGAACGUUUGUCCGAAGCUUAGCUUCAUCGGAUAUUCUUGGCGCCCUAACCACUACCGUAGGGAUAAUAGAAAUAUACGUCCCGAUGACCCCCAAUUCCUGGGCGUGUCACUGCGUGAGAUACAUUAUGUACUUCCCUGCCAUUAUUACCAUGAUGAAUAUAAUUGUGAUAGGAAUUGAGCGGUAUUUCGCCAUUUUCCGCCCUUUUUCUUUACCAAGCAAGAAAGUGGUAAAAAGGCUGGUCGUGGCUGCCUGGACUGCCGGUGCAUUUAUGUCAAUAAUCCCUAACAUCAGCAUGAGGAGGAAGAGCUUCGAUAUUGAAGAUGACAAGUACACGCUUCUCUGUACCUUUGACAACUCGACGCCUUUAGGUAGAAUAAGUAACUUGGUGUUUGUAGUGUCGGUGUAUUACAUCCCUUGCAUCAUACUUAGCGCUAUCUGCAUUAAGAUCCUGAGAUUCCUAAAACGUCGAAAGCACACUUCACCUUCAGGUGAGAUGCCGUCCGGUAUGGCGACCGUACGACGCUACAAAGGCAGCUACAUGUUGGUAUCUCUCAUCUUUGCUUUCAUCACUCCUUAUUUUUUCUAUAUGGUCUUUAAUACUCUCAUGAUGAUUCUAAAACCUAAGAUGAGCUACAUCACUAAUUUUACCAUUGGGUAUGUCUUUGGAAUAGCAACGUUUGCGAAUGGGGCAGUUAACCCUAUCAUCUAUUUGACUUGUAUGCAGGAGGUGCGUGAACGUGUGAAGCUCUUGUUUAUGAGAAGAGAACGAAUGGUGGAGCGCAAUCAGAAGUUUUUGUUGGCAACGAGGAUGGCUGGCAAUUCAAACUCAAAUAUAGAAAGAGCUUCUAGUACAAACCAAAACACGGGGCCGACCUUACCAUACCAUACCAUCGUAGAUGAGAGCUCGCCUUCAAGUUUGCAAAACAACCCAGGAUCAAGUGGUCAGGACACACAUGCGAAGCUCUCAAACCAGGAUCCAUUUACGCAAUUAGAUGUCAUACAACUAGCUGUCAAGGAACCAGUUUUCACGCAACCAGCUGUCACACAACUAGCUGGCCCGUAAUCA